GAACAGUAUUUUUACUGUUCAAUGAACAGUAAUCCCGCCUAAGCACCGAUAUCAUCACAGCCCUUCGAUCAAACAAAUCUCCACCUUUCCUUCGCCUCUUUCACCCAAAACAAAACAAAAACCUUCGCCUUUCCUCCACUCAUAUCCUCCGUUCAUCGAUGUUCCCAUCUCCAUCUUCGUUCAAUUCUGUUCGUGGCCGCCUUAUUCCAGCACCCGCCAUCCAAGUCACCACCGGAAAACAUCAAUCGAUUGCUCGCAUCCGAGCCGGGGAACAAGAAGAGGACCCGCCAUCGAUGUUCCCAUCUCCAUCUUCGUUCAAUUCUGUUCGUGGCCGCCUUAUUCCAGCACCCGCCAUCCAAGUCACCACCGGAAAACAUCAAUCGAUUGCUCGCAUCCGAGCCGGGGAACAAGAAGAGGACCAAAUCAGGUUCGAAUCGCACAAAUCGCACCUUUCCUCCGCUAAUUUCCUCCGUUCAUCGAUGUUCCCAUCUCAAUCUUCGCUCAAUUCUGUUCGUGGCCGCCUUAUUCCAGCACCCGCCAUCCAAGUCACCACCGGAAAACAUCUAUCCAAGCCGGGGAAUAAGAAGAGGACCAAAUCAGGUUCGAACCGCACAAAUCGCACCUUUGGUUCAGACUUGUGGCAAAAGUAUCCAAGCCACAAUUUUGGUUAUGCAUAUGGUGUUGUCCAUCGAUGCCCAAAGACUCCAGCAAAAUCAGACCUGAUUUCCUCACCAUAGAUGCCCAAAAUGGGUCUUGGAGCUUCAGACCACUCAGGAGUUGAAGCAUGCAUUCAAAAAGGGGAAAAAAUGCAAAAGAUCAGGGCGAGAGAGAAGCAACAAUAAAGGAUACAAUGAAGGAUAAUCCCAAUAAUUUGUGAUUGCUUCCUAUCAAUUGCUGAAUUGAAUCCAAACAAUCUAUGGAUGUAAAAAUGUUUAGAAUACCUUAAUUGAAAACAAUGUGAAAGAUAAUGGACAAACUUAAUUAAAUAGGAAAUUAAAGAUAUAAGUUGGUUUUUUGGCUGAUUAGGAAUGAGGAAUUGAACUCACAAAUCAAAAUCUAACCUCAACUCUGGAUUCAUCAAUUAUAAUCACCUGGUUCUGUUUGUAUGGUUAUCAAUUAUUCAAUUUGUAUGGCAGAUCUGAGCAUAACCCUGAUUCUGUUUUCUUAUACAUAGUUGCCUGAAACAUGAAAUAGCUCCUUUUAUCAAGG